AUGGAGUCUUCGACUGUGAACGACUCCGAGUACUUUGAUUAUGGGGACGCUAGCAUGAAUUCCUCAGCAUCAACGCCAUCUUCUCAAAUUAUCCUUGGGCCUUUGAAGCCCAAUGUUGCACAGGCGAUAGCUUUUGCGUGUUCUACUUUUCUCAUUAUUACAUCGAACACUCUAACAUUAAUGGUUCUUCAUCUGAAGCCAUCCUGUUUUGUAGAGAUCUCUCGCCUUAUAUUCCAGGCACUAGCCGUUACCGAUCUUCUCACUGGUUUGUUCUGUUGCUUCUUCAGCUUUUUGUUUUCCUGCGCUCCGCAACUACAGAACACAGUGACCUGUACAGUACGAACAAUGGCCUGUACGGGAUGUCUGAACCAGUCAGCUCUAACAAUGGCAUUUGCAACCGUUGACCGUUACAUCGCCAUCACUAAACCGCUGCGGUAUACUUCAAUCAUGACCGCAGUGCGCGCACAAUACGUUCUCUCCGUUCUUGCCUUUAUUUCCAUUGGGAACGCCAUUUUCACCAAUGUAGGAGCCGACUUCACGUCCACCAAAAGAACGUGCGUUUCAGACUUUUCAGCAGUUGGAAUUGGCAUAUCUUUUCGGCCAUCGCUCGUCGUCAUCCUCCUUAUAUUCUAUGGUAGCCUUUUGAUCUCGACAUUCGCCAACUAUAACGUCGUGCGUAUAGCUCUUCGUCAUUCAAGGAGUCUUGGUAACGAGUCUUCACUUCGCCAGAAUGGAAACAUGCAGGACGGCACCUCGAGUUCCACUGAUGGUCCUUUCAACAUGACACCGUAUUUACCACAACCUGUUCGUGAAAACAGCAUCAAGAUGAGGAGCCUUUGGACCGUUGUCAUGGCUACGAUAUCGUUCUACAUCUUGGUGAUGCCUUGGAACAUCAUGGCAUCACUUCACUUCGCCCACCACGUUCAGAUCCCUCAUUCUCUAAGAAUCACAGCUGCCUAUCUCCUAAUAAACAAUUCUUGGUGGAACACCGUAAUUUAUUCUCUUUUGAACACAACCUUUCGACGCGCCCUUGGCAAAACACUUAUCCGGGUAUUUGGCCGUACCACCACGUCUGAUGUCAGCUUUGAGUCGACAAUAGCCGCGACGGAUGGAAGCCUAAAUAUGAAUAUGUCUCCGUAACUCUAAUCUAAAACCCUAUGUUCUGAUCUUUGCCUCUGGUUAAUUUGCAAGGAAUAAUUAGCUGUUUGCUAUUAUUUCAGAACGAAGUUUUAGAACUACAAUUCCUUGUUUGAGAGCAUGUAGUGUCAAAUUAUUUGCACCCCACCCCACCGUCUUACGUGUACUUGCAUUGCACUCAUCACUUACAGCUUUAUUCAGUUAUUUCAUCAUACAUGACCAUGCAUUUAUCAUCCGUGUAAUCGAAUACGGCUUAUACUCCAUAAUCUCCUAUUUACGUUCCGUUGAUAUUAAUGUAUACAGUUCGUUAUAUCAGCGUCAUACAAGCCUCGCUUUUUAGCUGGUCUCUGAUUAUUUUUCUUUUUUCAAGCAUACACAUGUAGAACUAUCCAUGUUUUCUUAAGGUUUGGUUUAUCUAUUGUGUUUGUUUAUUGUAUAUUCCUUGUCAUUACCAAUUUUCAAGUGUAAGCGCUUUGUAUGAUUGAUUUGUAUUGAUUUUGUAUUUAUGUAUGUUUCUGAUUUGCAUGCAUGUUGGAAGAAAUGUAGGCCUAUAUAGAAAUGAAAUAAAUAAAUAAAAAAUACACUAGUCCUGGUAAAAGCUUGCACUUGACACCAAACCCCUUGAAAGUCCCGGGGGGCCACUUCCAUUCACGAGUGGAUACCAUGCGCG